AUGGAGAAAUUCAAGUUGGUUAACGGAGUUGGUGAGGGAGGAUUCGGGAGCGUGUUUAAAGCCAUCAACAAAGAGACGGGUGAAACGGUCGCCGUUAAGAAACUCAAGAAGCCUUACAAUUCAUGGCAGGAGGUUCUGAAUUUGAAAGAAGUUAAAUCUUUGCAAAGACUGAAUCAUCAUCCCCACAUCGUGGGACUCAAAGAAGUCGUCAUGGAGCACAGUACAGUCUACUUCAUAUUCGAAUACAUGGACUUUAAUCUGCUGCAACUCAUCAAACAGAGACAAGGUUUCCUCUUCUCAGACGCUAAGAUCAGGAACUGGUGUUUCCAGAUAUUUCAAGCCCUUGUUUACAUGCACCAACGUGGGUAUUUUCACCGUGAUCUCAAGCCGGAAAACUUGUUAGCCACGAAUGGUAAAAUCAAGAUCGGUGAUUUUGGUCUUGCCAAGGAGAUUUCUUCGCAACCUCCUUACACAGAUUAUGUAGCUACUCGUUGGUAUCGAGCGCCAGAAAUCUUGCUAGGAUCUCACAUGUACGGCGCUGAAGUUGAUAUGUGGGCGAUGGGUGCUAUCAUGGCUGAGUUAUUUACUCUUCGUCCUCUGUAUCCUGGUAAGGAUGAAAUACACCAGAUUUACAAGAUUUGUGAAGUUUUAGGAACACCCACCGAAGAAACUUGGCCUAAUGGGUUGAAUCUUGCAAAGGCGUACUCCUAUAGAUUCCCUAGUCUUGCUGGUCAGAGUCUGUCAACCCUAAUUCCAUCUGCUGGUGAAGAUGCAAUUCAUCUUAUCAAAUGGCUUUGUUCAUGGGAUCCUUGCAAACGGCCGACUGCUGCUCAGUGUCUUCAUCACCCAUUCUUUCAGAGUUGUUUUACGGUUCCACGUCUGUCUCUUCUUCCAUUACAACAACCAGGUUUGACCCACAAGAAAACUACGACAUUAACACAUGAUGAAGCUGGUUCAGAAGUAAUUUACAGAGAAAAGAAGGCAGUGAAGAGGAUUAACAUGGAACAACCCCCUCCGGGCUUCACUCCAAAAUACGAAGUGUUUAAGAGAAGGAGGGAUCCACCACCGGGCUUCGAGCAUAAAGUUUUGGAGUUGGACUUGGCUGAAAAUUUAGCGAAGAUGACGAUUAGUUCGAGAUUCCCAGAAGUGGGCCAGUUCGUUGGGCCUAUACUACCAUCUCCCAAGCCUAUAGUUCAAUGCUGA